AUGGAUGUCUAUGACUUGACAAGAAAGAAGAGGCCUACCCACCUUACACUUGGGCAGUCGGCCAGUUCAGAAUCUGCCACUACCCUGGGGAUGCUCAAUGCUACCCCCAUGCAACCAAAUUCAACCAUAAGAGCUCACCGCAUACCAGAUGUCGUCUCUGGUCCUCCAAACCGAGAUCAUUGGAAGCUAAUUCAACAAUUGCCUUAUAAUCAGCCUGAUGCAGAUUCACUUCAAUGUGCUUCACCAGACUGUCAGACUGCAUUUGGGUUAUUUGAACGAAGGCACCACUGUAGAAAAUGCGGAGACAUAUUUUGCUCUGCCCAUUGUUCAAACUACUUCCGACUUGACCACGCUUCACAGUUUCAUCUCCGUGGUCUCUUGUCGCGGGGCUGUGAUGCCUGUGCUGGCGAUUAUAAACAGUGGCAGGAUGCUAUGGUUAGGACAAAAUCUAGACAGGUUAAGAAAGAGGAACCAAAGACAGAAGAAAGGGUAAAAAGACGUACCUUGAUCAUGACCCAACAACCACAGGCUAUGGAAGGAGUGACUGAAUUAGGAAGAGAUGACAUUGUACAGUCAGACCAAUCCUCGUCUUCUUCACCGACUACUCCGCGGCCCAGGGGUAUUGCUAUCAGACACACGGCAAAUAAUGAGCAUGCUCCAUUGCACCCUAUACUAUCCGUGCCUGCUGAUUGGCAAUGGUCAACAUUUUAG